AUGGCAGCUCAGUUGCCGACGGCUACGGAACUAGCUGGGAUGAAUCUGCUGAGCGACAUUGUUCAGUGGACCGGGGUGGCAACUGCAGUAUGGACCGACAUUGAUCGUCAGCUAGGAGUCAUGCCCAACAUCCGCAUUUUCUCGGCCUUGCCGUUAGCCACAUUGAGGCACGCAUUGGGCAGCGUGCGAAUUCCUGUCACAGGGGGUGAGCCUAGGGCCCUUAGCCCUGUGGAAGUUAUUCAGGUGGCGUUGAUGUGGCGUGUGGCUAGAAAGAAGUUUGACCUACCGGAUUUGGAUCCUCUCGAAGAUCCCGGUCAGCAAGUAGGUUCAGCUGCUCCUGCUCAAAGCGCGGGACAAGCCCCAGCAAAGCGAAUCAAAACCUCAUCAGUUCUGGACCAGCUGGAUGAAUCAGAGAUUGAGUUGUUGAGCAAGUCCGAGCUGGAUAGAGCUUAUGUGAACUAUCAAGAGAUUACAGGUGCCGAACCCACCCCGGAUUCGGAGCCUACACCAGAACAAGUGGCCGCACUGCAUGCUAAGGUAGUUGCGCGUGGUGAGGCUCCAUACGCUGAUUUCUCGGUGCUGACGCCUUUUGGCCGACGCGUGCAGAAGCAGAUGAAGGCUCGGGCGUGGGUGCUCCAACAAGACGGAACUUUCAAAGCGCUGGAUGUGCCCGGGCCACCGUCCUUUGAGGCAUGGGCAGCUUGUUGGGAGGUCUACAAAACAUGCCUGUUUAUGCUCAGGCACCCUGGUACUGGGUCACCACCGGUGCCGAAGCAGGUGGUUACCUCUGCUUGCUUGGACGAGUACUUUAAGCGGGUGGCUAGGCUCAACGCAGAUUAUCCUGAAUGCUGGCAUUUGCUCAUGGUGGCUGAGGACAAGCUGCGUGCAGAGCUUUUCGAGAGAUUUCGCCGGCAGCUCACGAAGGCUAGCCUUGAAGGCCGCCUGCCAAUGGGCAUCAACUUUGAUGCCGCUGCCCCGUGGACAGGUGUGUUUGUCUAUGCUGCCCGAAACUGGGAGUACUGGCACGACAAUGUGACAAAGCCAGCUCAAGAUUUCUUGGCAAGGGGCGGCAAGCUUAUGAGCGCUGAGAAGGCCAGCAGAAUCAACGUGCCAGAGCAUGUGCAGGAGGCUGUUGACAAUGCUAUGGGAAAGGGUGCAGCCGGUGGCAGGUCGUUCCAGGGGACCCCAUUUCAAGGAACCUCAAGGCAAGCCAAGAAGCGCAGGAAGGAACGUGAGAGGAGAGAGUCGGAAGAGCAAGCUCCGAAGAGGCCUGCAGCUGGAGCUCCAACGUCGCAGCAUCCGAAGAAGGUCGGGGGCCUGUUUGUCACCACAGCUGAUGGCACUGAGGUGUGCUUUGCGUACUCCAAAGGGGAUGGCACAGCAUGCGAGGCUGGCGCGGCCAGUGGGCAACCUGGAAAAUGUCAGGUGACUGCCUCUCGUCGCGACAGACCACAGAGGCAGGAGUUCAUUUUCUUGGAAGUGUCCACUGAGUGCACCAGCUUCUCAGACGCACUGCGACAAGCGGGCUCUGGAGUGGUCAGCGUGUUGGAGCCGUUCCCGCAAGACGCGUUAUUAGCUGAGGAGAGUUUUGGCCAAGCAAAAUCCUUGGUUUCAAAGGCCAAUCAUCUUCAUGUCACUUUCUCAGGCGGGUCAGUUUCCUGCCCUGCAGACCCAUUGACAGGGCAGGAAACCUGCUUGCUGGAGAAGGCCGUUGCUCUAUGUUUGUGGGCGCUCAAGUUGGAUGGCACAGUUUCCUUCAUUAGCGCUGAGAGCUCCCCUGUGUGGCAGACGAAGCUCCUCCAGCGGCUCUCGCGGAGAAUACAGCGGCAGCCUUUCAGUUUGCUUCAGAGCAAUGGCGAAGCAGGGUCUGAAAGGGAGAUCGCAGUCCUGACUAACGCUGAGUGGUUGACGCCUGACGUGCACCUCGCCGUGAGCCAUGGUGAACGUUGCUGCAACCCGUGGGUAAGCCAUGCAAAUGCGUUGGUUCAGUGGCUUCACUCUUCAGAAGGGCAGCGUGCCAGAGAUCAAGUGACCUACAUGAGAGUGGGUGUGCAUCAGAAUGUUCUUGUCAGGAAGAGCCUCAUUCAUGGCAACGACGUGGAUGCUGGCGCGAACAAUUCGAGCUCACAGCUGCAAUCGCGAUCACAGAUCAGGGAGCAAGAAAAUGCAUCAUGCCUUGGCGGGCUCCGGGACCCGAGACGGGCAGUUGCACGGUCGGCGUCGCUGCGCAAGGUGGGCGACAACAUUCGUGUUGCCUUGGAUGCUUGCUUGGAUGGCUGCGCUUUGGACUCGUUCGAGAAGUCGACAACGACGUGCCCCUUUUCUGAGGCUGUUAUCGCAAAAGCAAGAGCUAGGUUGAGCGCUGUCUUUCGCGCUCCCUUGAGAGAGCGCGGGUUUCAAGACCAGCUCCUGCAGCAGUUGAUGACGGAAGCCCACGACCCGGAUGCGCACGUCGUGCCAAAGUGGAUGAAUGAGGGAUUUCCACUUGGAAUCUCGAGGCCCAUCAUUCACACAAAUGUCUUCCCCAGCACUGAUAGUGUUUCCGCAUCCAUCAAAGCUUCUCAGGCCAUCGGGACCUUGAUUGAGGACUGGGAUGGUCGCGCGCAAAACUAUAAAUCCUUCCAGGAGGCUGGGCCGAAGGCUGAGCUAGAACUAGACAGGCUGGUUGCAGACGGCCGUGCCGAACUGGUGGCUAGCUGGCAGGAAGUUACCGAUGCAGUCGGGCCCCAUGCCAAACUCACAAAGCUGGCAUGCAUCAUCAAGCAACGAGGUGAUGUUGAAAAGGUUCGGCUAUUGGUCGACAUGAGGCGCUCCGGGAUCAACGGCUUGAUGGAUCUUCGUGAAAGAAUUGUCUUACCACGCAUUUCCGAUGUGGCCGAUUCGUUGCGACACAUUGUGAGAGAUCCUCGAAAUCGCGGCUGCACUCCUGAGUUUAUGAUCGCUGAUUUUUCUGAUGCUUUCUAUACCUUGGAAGUGCAUCCCGAUGAGCGGGGGUACAUCGUGGUCAAAGGCUCCAAGGGGUUCUUUCUCUUGAAGGUCAUUUGCUUCGGAUUGGCUUGCGGUCCGGUUUUGUGGGGACGAGUGGCUGCAGCUAUUAUGCGGCUGGGGCAAGCAGCGACUAGAGAUCCUGAGGGUCGUGUGCAGUGCUUCGUGGAUGAUCCGCUGAUGAUUGCUAUGGGCAAAGUGCGCAGGGACAGAACCUUGGUGUUUGCCAGGUACACCUUGUUCUGGACCUGCCUUGGCUUCCAGCUCGCGUGGCACAAGACCGUCCGAGGCAUUCACGUUGAUUGGAUCGGGGUCUCUUUGCAGUUGAGCGAAGAUGCAAGACGUAUGGUGGUAUGCUUGACGGCUGACAAAGCCCAAAAGCUACUCGAUGCGUUUGCCGAGAUCAAAGCUGCGAAGGGCAUGAUAGCCACUGCUCGUUUGCGACAAAUUGCCGGCCUUCUCAGCUGGGUCUCCAACCUCAUGCCCAGUGCCCGGCCUUGGACGUCAAUGAUCUGGGCUGCUGUUCACUCCGCUGAAGGGCCAAAAUCUGUCAAGUCGGGCACUCGGCAAAGGAAAGGCCUAACGUUCAUCAAACAGAUUUUGCACGCCGUUCUCUGGUUAGAGGCCAUGGUUAGAGCAACGUUGAAGGGGCCGCUGGCAGAGGCGUCUACUCAUGGACCAGUCAUGCGACAUGUGUACGAUUUCAGUCCUGAGCCGCCGGUAGUCCUGAUACAAACCGACGCCUGUCCCACUGGGAUAGGUGCAGUGUUGUAUGUGUCGGGAGCGGUUCGGGCUUGGUUUAGCGAGCCCCUGACGGCUCAAGACAUGCAGUUAUUGGGUGGCGGGGCCCAAAUCGGUGAUCCUGCCUACCAAACCGAGUUUGAAUUGUGGGCCGUUGUUUUGGCAAUCAAAACCUUCGGUCCCGUUUUUCACGGUGAGCACGUUCGUUUCUUUCUUCAGACUGACAACAGUGCUGCGUUACAGGCAGCCUUAGAGUUCAAGGCCAAAAGCCCGCUGCUCACAUAUAUCGCCUCUGAGUUGACAGUGACGCUGGCAGCUUUUAAUGUCGCGCCGCUCUGGGGGGAGCAUCUGCCCGGGGUGCUGAAUGACGUUGCUGAUGCGCUGAGCCGUGGCUCGGUGCCUGCAGCGGUGACGGGCAGUCCGCGGUGCGAGGUUCCGCCCAGGGCGCGCGACUUGUUCUGGGUUUUGCCGUCCCUCUCGGGAGGCGAUGCCAGGACGGCCGUUCUGAGGUCCGGCCUGCUAUGGGCAAGGCAAACGUCCUCCACUUUGAGUCCUCGGCCAAUCGCAGGCAGUGGUGGAAUCCCUUGGUCAUGCAGUGAUGUGGUGGGGCCAGAGCCAGCGGUGUCAAUUGGACAGCUCCUCGCGUUACCUGCGCAAGCUGCCGUGCGUGAUGUAACGGUACGUGACAGUCAGCGUCCUCAACACCAUCCCAUGGGUUGUUCACCUGCUGCUUUGCAAGUGGGCUCCCGGCUUCCUUUUUGCGGGCUCCUGCGCAAGCGCAAGGAUGCACCUUUGGAGCCAGCAGCUCCGAAGGCCAAGAGAGCCAGAGGAUCGCUGGACAUGGCCUUGCAUAUUGCCGGGGACGAGGGGGCGCUCGCGCAUGCCAUGGCAGAGUUUGAGGAGCUGAAGUAUGCGGUAGGCACGGACAAAUCCAAAAGAUCCCACUGGGCGGCUUGGACCAAAGUCAUGGAGCUGAGGCGAAUGGACCCGCUGCCCGUGACACCCAAGAAGCUUGAUGAAUUUUCGGGGAUCCUGCGCGCCAGUGGAUUUCGCUCGGGUUUCACCUACGUGCUUGAAGCGAAGCAGCAGCACAUCAGAGCGGGGUUUACAUGGACUGAUCAGCUAGAAGUUGCCCUUCAAGACUCAAAGCGUGCGCUCACACGCGGGCUCGGGCCUGUCACUAGGUCUGAAGAAAUCAGGCUUGAGUGGUGGAAGGUUCUUGUCCAGGUGCGUGGUGAGGAGGCCGGCGACCACGACUCCUCGUUGGGGCCUGCUGGCGGUGUGGCCGUUUGGGCCUUUGGGUCUCUCUUCAUUCUCCGCGAGGUGGAGUUGGGAACUCUCACGCUCGGCCCCGAGUCAAUUCGGCUGGAUGAAAGUGCUCGUACAAUCACUUUGGGGCUAGCUGUGUCAAAGACCGACCCAGCCGCAAGAGGGUGCAAGAGAACUUUAGCUUGCACAUGUCACAAUCAGCGAGCGCACUGGGUGGAAUGUGGCUUUUGCCUAGGUGAACGACUUGUUAAGUUGCAAGAGUCGCGACUGGGCUUGUCGCGUUCUGAUCCAGUUGCUAGCUGCGCUCCUUUGGUAGGCACUAUUGGGGAUCCCUGGGCUUUUGUUGAAAAGAAAGCCAUGAUUGAUGCAGCUAAGUUUGCUGCAAAAGAACUAUUGCAGUUUUGUCCUCAAUUCUCGGGACUGUUUGAUGUGGAUGCGUUGACGGGGCACUUCAUGCGGAGAUCCGGCGUCAAGCGGCUGGCCCGAGCAGGUGUCCCUGUUGACCUCAUCCAGUUCAUGUCCAGACACAGUAGCAGCGCCGUGCAAGUUUACAUUGAAGGAGCCCUGGAGGAGUGCCCUCAGCGGCACGAGAUGCUGGCCAGCUAUCUCGGAAGCAUGCGUGAAGUGGAUGUGCUACGGCAGCAGGUCCAAACCAUCCAGGAGCAGAUGAACCACAUGUCCUCAUCUUCGUCCAGUGUUCCAGCAGAUCAGCUGAAGGCUGAGGUAGAGAGAUUUUUGCGGCCGGUCGCUGUAUUGAACCAGGCAACGGGCAAACUUCACUCGACCAAGGGCUGUUCGUUCAGAGGUCCCCCGCUUGCAUGGACAGCUGCUUGUGGUUGGCCAUGGGUCAGAAGCGGCAACACUGCUCGGGAGAUUUCUGCUGAUGAGCUGGAGAGCGGCUCUUGGUCAUGGUGUGAGCACUGCAGUAAAGGGCUGCGGAAAUAG